AUGGCCAGAGGAAACCAAAGGGAGCUUGCGAGACUUAAAAAUUUAAAGAAACAAGAAGAAGCGAAAAAGGGCCAGAAGCAAGGAGAUAAGAAUAAACGAAUGGAGACCGAUGCUGAGCGCAUGAGAGCAAAACAGGCGGCAGCUGACGCUAAGAAAGAAGCCGAAAGAUUGGAUUCAUUCACUGAUGUGAAAACCAGCGAUGGGACCACAAUGAGGAUUUUCACUUUCCAUCCCAAGAUACCCAAUUACCCAAAGGUAAAAUUCCCUGGGGUGGUUGUCUAUAGUGAGAUCUAUCAAGUGACCCCACCAGUUGCCAGAUUCGCUAGAGACAUUGCUGGACAAGGUUUCAUUGUUGCAUGUCCAUCAGUAUACCAUAACUUCGAAGGCCCAGAGGCAUUGGCGUACGACGACGAAGGUACAGACAGGGGUAAUAGGUACAAGAUUGAAAAGGAAUUGAGUUCAUACGAUGAAGAUUCUAAGUUGACUAUUGACUAUUUGUUGAGUUUGCCUACAUGCAAUGGAAGCAUUGGCUCAACAGGAAUGUGCUUGGGAGGUCAUUUGGCAUUUAGAACUGCCUUGGAUCCUCGCGUCAAAGCAGCUGUGUGUUUUUUUGCAACUGAUAUACACAUCCACGCACUUGGUAAGGGUAAGAAUGACGACUCUUUGAAAAGAAGCGGUGAAAUUAAGGGUGAAUUGGUGAUGAUCUUUGGUGACAAGGAUAAUCAUGUUCCUUUGGAAGGAAGAGACUUGAUUAGAAGCGAAUUGAGACGCAACAAAGUGCAAUUGACCUUUAUUGAGAUUAAUGAUGCUCAACAUGCCUUUAUUAGGGAUGAGAACAGUAAAGGAAGAUAUGAUCCAGCCGUGACGAAAUUGUGCUUUGAUUGGUUGUUGGAAUUGUUCAACCGUAAAUUGAAGUUGGAUUAUGGUGACCACGAUGGAAAGCCACAGGUGAUUGAAGAUGUCUGUUAA